AAUACAGUUGUCAAACUGCAUUUCCAAUCCGUGCUAAAACAAAUGUUAUUCAAAAAGUAAACAAGCAUCUGAUAUUACCAAAUUAACCAUUAAUUAUUUCCACAUACUAGAAAAUGAAAUGAUUUGAAGAAGGCUGAUAAUGUCAUUUCAGGGAAGCAGCAAAAGCAAAAUCCUCCGGCAAGUCGAUCUCGAAGGAGAGACGAUAACUGGAGAAAGGAAAGGAAAGGAAGGAGCAGCGGCACCAUUAGUAGUACGCUACAGUACUAUCACAUAAAGCGUAACAAACAAAUCCCCAGCGUCAAAAGAAUCCUCCUCUCUCGCUUUCGCUCUCCGUUAGAUCUUUCCUUUCCUCUCUUUCGUCUUUCUUUUAGUUAUAGUUUCAGCUUCUUUUAUCUGCCUCGAUCCCCAGUGAAUAAUUAUAAUUUGAAAGUUGAAGAAACGAAACAGGGGGUGGGGUUUUAUUUUCUUGUGGCCCAGACCACUUUUAGGUUUCAGAGGAAUGGCGGAGAAAUCGUGUGUUAAGCGCCUUCAGAAAGAAUAUAGAGCACUUUGUAAGGAACCAGUUUCUCAUGUUGUUGCUCGUCCAUCCCCAAAUGACAUUCUUGAGUGGCAUUAUGUGCUGGAAGGGAGUGAAGGAACGCCUUUUGCAGGUGGGUAUUAUUAUGGAAAGAUCAAGUUCCCUCCAGAGUAUCCCUACAAACCUCCUGGAAUCACGAUGAUCACCCCCAAUGGACGGUUUAUGACACAGAAGAAAAUAUGCUUGUCCAUGAGUGAUUUUCAUCCAGAAAGUUGGAACCCUAUGUGGUCUGUAUCUAGCAUACUUACCGGGCUUCUCUCUUUCAUGAUGGAUAAUAGUCCUACCACUGGCAGUGUGAACACUACUGUUUCUGAAAAGCUACGCUUGGCAAAGGCAUCCCUUGCAUUUAAUUGUAAAAACCCCACAUUCAGAAAACUGUUUCCGGAGUAUGUGGAUAAGCACAACAAGCAGCAGCAGCUUGUGUCAGAGCAUUUAUCACCAGAAUCACCUCAAGGAGAAAAUUCUAAACCCGAGACUGAAAAAGUUGUUAACUCUUCAGGGAAAGAUGUUAAAAAAGUAGAUACCCUCAGGAAUACACGAAGAAACCAGAAACAGUCUUUCCCGACGUGGAUGAUGUUGUUGCUUGUUUCCAUCUUUGGUAUUGUAAUGGCGUUGCCACUGCUUCAACUUUGAUAUAGGUGUCACAACAUGGAAAAAAAAUUGUAGUGAGUGGUUAUAACAGUCUACUUUAGGGAAUCCUUUUAAAUGCUCCAAAGGUUUGCUCUGUACUAGAAAUUAUGUAUAGGGGGUUUGGUUCCUUGGGAGGAGGGUCAGUUGGAUCUUGACUGAUGUUUCUACUAUGUUAAGUUCAUGUCGGUGACCAAUUGAUGUCGAAACAUUACAUGCUUGCAACAUUGUUAUUAUUUUAGUUGGAGUCGUUUGAUUGAUUUGGUUUCAUAGCUGUUCUGUGUCGUCCUAGUGCUCUCCAAGGUCAAGUCGUGUGCUACUGGGUAUUGAGAUUCAUGCACUGAAAACAUAGAAGAUUUUGGCUUAGCUGUGAAAUUGAGUAACUGUCCGGGACGAGGCGAACCAAUGAACCAACUUUGCGAGCCAGGACGUGCUGAAGAGCCAUAAGCUUUUUUCUUAAUGCUAAUUUGAGCUGGCAUUAUAGAAAUUACAAUGGUAAGGUCUGUCUCCACUUUCCUUUUUCUUUGUAUCUUACCUAAAACCACUGGUUCGUUGUUGGUGUACUAUGAAUAGCUUUGCCUUUUUUCCUUUCAAUGGGACGAUUACUCUCGAUCCUACUGAUUGAUAAAA